UGAAAAUGGCUAAUUGUCAGGCCAGUUGGUGCAGCAGGUGAGUCAAGAUGUUAAUGUUUUUCGGAUCAAAUGUGAAAACUACAUGAUUGUGCGUUGGCCAAUUUAUAGGAUAAAAAAUUUAGUAUACAAAUCGCUUAACAAAUUUCCAUGGUAAAAAUAUUGAAGCCCAAAUACAAAGGGGCAACGUGAAGUAACGGGGUCCGAAGUUAUGGCUUCUGGUACAUCAUCCCUGGAUAGUGCUGGAAGUAGCGAUGGGGUCUUUAAUAUGGAACGGGACAGUGGAGGCUAUGGCAGUGUUGGAAGUCCAGUAGGAGGUCCUGAAUGUCGUAGUGAUUACGACGGAUUACAGGCACAAUGUGAUCAAGCCAUGCACGAACUCCAGUUCCUUAGACACAAGCACUCAGAUACAGUUAGACGAAAUGAGCAUACUAUGAAGGAAUUGGAAUAUUAUCGAGGACAACAUAUUGCAGCAAUGAAUCAGCUGGAAGCAGCCUCACAAGAAACUUCAGCCCUUCGGGGUAAAUAUAGUGAUUUGAUCAAUGAUAAACAACGACUUGAUCGUGAAGUCCAGGCACUACAGAAAGAAGUUACAGAAUUGAGGUGCCAAAAUCAAGAAUGUCUUGUAGAUUCUGGAAACAGUGAUGCCAUUAAUCAGCAUUAUGUAUCUUUAUUAAGAAAGUAUGAAUCUUUAAAAGAUGAAUAUGAGUCUUUAAGAAAGCGUCAUGAAGAUCUUUUAUCCGCACAUUCAUCUCUCAAAAAUAAGUUGGAAUUAGCAGAAAAAGAAGCAGCGAGAUGGAAAAAGGACCAUGAUGACGUAAUUCAAGAACGCAAUAAUGCAUUUAGAGAAAGAAAUGGAUUGAAACAACAAUGUACUGCGGCAAUCAGACAAUGGGAUAUUGCAUUACGUGAAAGAAACGAGUACCGCGAAGCCUUGGCAAAACUUCAGCAACAACACGAAGAAGCUGUCAAGGAAGUCAAUCAAGGCAUGAUUCUUCGUACUAAAGUUAGUAAAGAUAUAAAACGAUUAACAGAAGAAAGAAAUGCAACUUUACAAGAGUAUCGACUGAUAAUGGGCGAACGGGAUACUGUUCACAAAGAAAUGGAAAAGCUUGGAGAUGAUUUGACAAAAGCUUAUGAAAAAAUUGCCAAGUUAGAAAAUCAAAAUAAGCAACAUGUUGAUGAGAAAAAAACACUUUCAUAUCAAAUUGAGACUUUAAGAAGAGAGAUAUCAUCGGCACUGCAUGAUCGUGACGAAACUCUUAAAGAAUGUAACGAUUUAAGACUUAAGUUUGGUGAUUAUUCUGAAGGUUCAAGUAGAAAUUACAAAAAUCGAUUGGAGCUUCAUUCUUAUAAUCGUGAACGAGAUAAUUCAAAUAAAGAAAUUGAGAGAGAAACAAUUACGCGAGACUAUGCUAAACGUGAAAAAGAACAAAUGGAUAAUUUAGAUCAGGCUAAUUUAGAAUUAGAUAAAUUAAGAAAAUCUGUGGAUACUUUACAAACAGAAUUGGAAGAGGCAUUACAAGAAGCUGAGGUAUCAAAACGAAGACGUGAUUGGGCAUUUAGUGAAAGAGAUAAAAUAGUAUUAGAACGUGAGAGUAUGCGAACUCUUUGUGAAACAUUGAGAACAGAAAGAGAUCGAGCUGUUUCUGAGCUUGCUGGUGCUCUUCGUGACUCGGACGAUAUUAAAAAACAGCGAAAUGAAGCAUCAAGAGAACUUAAAGAUCUUAAAGAAAAAAUAGAAAGCGGGGAUCACUCGUUACGAUCAACUCAAUAUCACGAUGAUAACGACAUGAUUGAAUGGGACAUUAUUACUAUUCCCAUUGACUUUGGUAGGGUUUGUCAAGAUAAUGAUAGAGAUUUAGGAUUUGUUCUCGCUGGUGGUCGAGAUGAUCCUCAUUAUCCCAAUGAUACGGGUGUUUACGUCGCUCAAGUAACUAAAGGAAGUGUUGUAGAUGGAAAAUUAAAAGUUGAUGAUUGUAUUAUUCGUGUUAAUAACGUUGAUUGUUCUACUGGAUCAACAAGAAUGAUUUUAGAAAAUUUACGAGAUUUUACAGUCGGAUCAAAAGUUACAUUAACAGUUAGAAGAAGAAGAUCUACUCGUCGAUCAUUAAGAACAAUUCAAUUACCAAUUGGUCCUGUUCCUCAUGGCAUAGCUUUGGAACUUGGAAUUUAUAUUGCUAAAAUUUCUCCAGGUAGUUUGGCUGCUAAAGAUGGAAAUUUAGCUGUUGGAGAUAGAGUUUUAAAUAUUAAUAGUAAACCAAUGGAGGGUGUAACUUCAACUCACGAGGCUAUGUCUAUUUUAAAUGACACGACAGUUGAUGUAUUGACUAUUACAACCUUGAAAGGAAUAGCCUUGUCAUCAAUAUUAAGUACCGAGACAAUAGAUACAAGUUUUGGUUCUGAUAAACAAAAAAUGGUUAAUAAUUGUUCACAAACAGAACAAGAGAGAAUGAUGUUAAAGGCAACGUCAGAUGAUUAUGAAAGACGUUAUAUUGCAUCUAAUUUUGGUGAUAGAAGUAUUUAUAAAGUUUCAAAAUCAGUAAGUAGUGAAAAAUCUAGCGGAAUAAGUAAUGCUUGGGGUAAUUUUCGCGAAAAAAUUGAUAUUGUCACUGGUAGAAGACAUAGUAAAGAUAGAGAUGAUAAGAAAAAGCGUCACAGAAAUUCAAGUCCAAAUACUUUUGAACAAGAGCAGGAUGCGAUCGCUGAAUUAGAUUCUGUUAUUGAGAGUCAUUAUAAGAAAACAAAUAACGGUGUAUUUAAAAGGAGUAAACGAAGAGGAACUGAAAAAAUAGAGAAGAAUGGAGGCACAUGGCCAAAAGCACGCGGUGGGCCUUUGAUCCAAAACGGUACAGGGACGAUUCUUCAACCCAGAAAAACAAAAGAACGGCUUCCAUUAAGUGUACUUUUAAAUCAGCCGCCAAAAUAUGAGAGCUUCAACUACAAUCGUAUAUCUAAUCCUGUUCCGUUGUCGACAUUUCCAAACGUAAGCAAUCGUCAUACAGUUUAUAAAGCCGUAGAAUAUCCAAUUCCGAACUUUAGUAAAUCUGGUCAACUGUUUGGACAGAAAUCCUUUUCUCCUGCGGUCCAGUUCAAGGAUAUGUCGCUGGACAACAAGAAGCCUUUGACGGAGUUCGAGACAACAGAGAGUCGGCUCAGCUCGUCGCAUGCACCUUCUGAGACAAGUAUAGAUUUUUCAGUAAAAUCCACAGGUCGAGAGCCGGAUUAUGGUCAUGCAAAACGACGCACACCAAAGCCAUAUACUUCCGGAAGUCAUGAAAACCAACCAGAUGGACUUCAACACAACCGCGUUCACUCUCAACUUUACCCUCUGGUGACUACCUCUGGAUCAUCGUCAAGUGUGCCAAGACAGCAACUUGCUGGUAAUUUCUCGUUUCCCCCAUAUGCUCACUUACAUCCACACCCACACCAGCAGAAUUCUUUGCCGUCUCGUUACCCCUCACCACCGUCCUUGCCUUCCUCCCAAUCUGGAGAGUUCAUUGGACUCCCGGAUGCCCGAUCUUUUUGUUUCGAGCCACCUUAUAGUCCUGGACAACCAGGAUUUGGUCAUUUGCACACUCCCUCUGUAGACUUGCACUAUCACAAAUCUCGAGGUCAUCCUGCAGGCAUUACCUAUGAAUUAUCAACGUAUACUCAUGGUUAUGAAGGAGGAACUUUUCCGAGGAAAAAAGAAAAUCAGAGAUUUAGGAUACCAUCAAAUCCUAGCGUAACGUCUAAAAGUAGCGUUGGAAAAUUAUCUACGGGUAGUAUUGAAAGAACAUCCGAAAGAGGCAGUCCUAUGCCGACAUUUCAUGUCGAGGUUUUGAGUCCUGGUAUCGGUGGAGGUAACAAUGGAGGAGGAACAGUACGAGGAAGUUCAAAUAUUAAACGAGCUAGUAUGCCUGAUUAUUACACCCAGCCACGACCAGCACCGGGAGAAUUGCGGCGGGUCCAUAUUGAUAAAUCUGUUGAGCCUCUUGGAAUUCAAAUUUCGUGUUUAGACAGUGGGGGUGUAUUUGUUUCUACUGUUAGUGAACAUAGUCUAGCUUCACAAGUUGGACUACAAAUUGGAGAUCAACUUCUUGAGGUUUGCGGUAUCAAUAUGAGGAGCGCUACUUAUGAAUUAGCUGCACAUGUACUCAGACAGUGUGGUAAUUCUAUUACUAUGCUGGUCCAGUAUAGUCCAGAUAAAUACAAUGAGCUCGAAGGUUCAGGUUCUUCAAGUUCUUCGGAAGCAGGUGGAGAAGAAGGUGCCAGUCGCAGUGGAUCACCAACUCCUUGCAAUAGUCCAGAAGCACCGCGUAAAUCAGCUCUAGAAACUCACGAAUCAAAAGAAAUUGAACGUGACAAAUUAAAUACUUUGAUGCCACCAUCACGAGACCGGGAAGUUAGAAGUUCAGCUUCAAUGGAAGUUCGUGGUACUCAAGAACGUGAACGUGAAAUUCGACAAUCAGCAUCUUUAGACAUAAAUAUAAGAAAACCAGAAUUGCGUAAUUCAGCGACAAUUGAUUCUUUACGUAGCGCUGGUAAUACCUUAACUCGAGCUCAAAUAAAUCAAGCAGUAACAACAUUGCAACGACAAAAUGCAACAGUAAGAAGCCCAACGCAAGAAGAACAAAAUCGGAAAAGUCCACCUACCAUUGAGCCUCGUUAUUUAUUUAUAGAAACACGCAAAUGUUCAAAUCUUGGAAUUUCAUUAGUUGGUGGUAAUGGUGUUGGUAUAUUUGUUCAUUCAGUUCAACCAGGUUGUCUUGCUGAAGAUGCUGGGUUAAGAACAGGCGAUAGAAUUCUAGAAUACAAUGGUGUUGAUUUACGACAAGCAACUGCGGAACAAGCAGCUCUUGAAUUGGCACGUCCAGCUGAUAAAGUCACUCUUGUUGCUCAGUACAUGCCGGAAAGGUAUAACGAAGUAAAAGACAAACCCGGAGAUAGUUUUUAUGUCAAGGCAAUGUUUGAUCGGGUAGGCGAAGUUGGUGACAGUUUACAGUUACGAUUUAAUAAAGAUGAUAUUCUAUAUGUAGAUAACACAAUGUUUAAUGGAACUCCGGGGCACUGGAGAGCUUGGCUUGUCGAUAAAUCUGGUCGAAGACAGCAGUGUGGAAUUAUACCUAGUAAAUUUAAAAUCGAAGAAGAAUUAUUAUUGAGACGAUCACUUGGUGAUUUAGAAACUGAUACCGGAAGGCGGGGUACUACAAGUGCAAGAAGAAGCUUUUUCAGGCGAAAGAAACAUCAUAGAUCCUCUAGUAGAGAUAGUAAAGAACUUUCUCAGCUUACUGGAGUUAAUCUUGGAUGGUACAGUGACAGUGGAACUUUGAAUGAAGAAAAUUUACCUGCUAGUUAUCAACGUGUUGAGAGAUUAGAUUACCCAACUUUGAGACCUGUAUUGAUUAUUGGCCCAUUAAAUGAAUGCGUCACGACAAAAUUACUUCAAGAAUUUCCUGGAGAAUUUAUUCGAUGCAUACCAGAAGCAAUGCAUUGCUCUCAAGCUACACUUGAACAGGGAUUACGAGAUUCUCAUUAUGUUGAUUAUAGAAAAAAAGGAAGUUAUUUUGAAUGUACAACUGUAGAGGCUGUAAAAGAAAUAUGUGUCAAGAAUUCACACUGUAUUCUUGAUAUAUCUAUCGCCUCAAUAGAACGUCUCCAUAGGCAUCAAAUUUAUCCAAUAGUUUUGUUAAUAAAAUUCAAAAGUACCAAACAAAUAAAAGAAGUGAAAGAUUCGAGAUAUCCUAGUGAUAAAGUAAGCGCCAAAGCAGCAAAGGAAAUGCAUGAACAUGCUCUUAAAUUAGAGGCUGAAUAUCGUCAUUAUAUUUCUACUAUUAUUCCUGCUGGUGUAAAUAUAGCGUAUAUAUGUACGCAAGUAAAAGCCGCUGUCGAUGAAGAGCAAAGUAAAGCACUUUGGGUACCUCGUGGGCAAACCUGACAUCAAAGGGGGCCCCACAAACCACAGUGGAAGUCAAUCUAAAUCCACCGGGGGCCCCCAUGUCUGGCACAUAUCAUGCAAGAGAAACAUUUCAUUUUUUUUUUUUUACUACGUCAACUUACUCGAUGUUAUUGUUUCUCAUAUUAUUUAUUCACGGUUUCCUAUCAGUUGUGAUGCUAAUUUUACCAGAGUUUUAUUACUUAAUGUUAUUAAAUUUAUUUUUCUGAUUUUAUCUUACCAUAUUUUGUAAAUUUUUUUUUAUCAAGUCCCACAUAUUGAUAUUUUUGUUGGAAAUAAUUUAGAUAGAAUGAUACUUAAGAUAGUAUUGAAAUGACUGCCAGUUGUAAUUGAAUAAUUGUUUUUCUUUUAUAUAUUUAUAUAUAUUGAAUUGGAACUUAAAUAACGUAUAGAAAAGGUGAGAUAAUUAUCCAUGAAACCGUUGAAAAAUAAUAGUCUAAGGCCCGGGCUUGAGUUAAUUUUUUUCUCAUUGGUGGAUUUUAAAAAAGACUUAUUAUCAUUAUUAUUAUUAUUAUUAUUAUUAUUAUUAUUAUUAUUAUUAUUAAUAUUAUUAUUAUUGUUAUUAAUAUUAUUAUAAUAGAUAUAAUUAAUGGAAUUGAUAUAUAAACUCGCGUAUAUUAUUCGUGAAAUUAAAUAAGAGAAUUGUAAAUAACUUAGCUUUUUUUAUAAAUAUACUUUUUGAAAACUGUCUUAAGUUAAAAAUUUAAGAAUUAUUGUUAUAAAUUGAAAUGCAAAUGAAUUCUACAUAUUAAGAAAAAAAAAAAAUACAAACAUGGGAUCAACGUAAACAGGGUUUUUCCUCAAGUUAUUAUUGAAUUAUAAUUAAAUAAGAUGUAUGUCGUAUGCAAUAAUUCAUUACACGCAUUAAAAACGACUGCAAAUUAAAUACAUUUCAGUUAAACUGGC